AUGGAUGUAGCAUCUCAAAGAAAGAUAGAAAACAAACCACAAUAUUGCCGAGAUGGAGCAGAGCUCUAUUCUAAAGUUGCAGAUGCCAAGGUACCAAGUCCAACCGAUCAUAGUGAGAAAAUAGUUUGUAGCGCUGGACAAAGCAUCCUCAACAUCGACAUCUCAAGCUUCUACACAUUUUGUGAGCAGGAGGUGACCCAUUUGGUGCACCUACAAAGCUGUGGCCAUGGGAAGAUGGUACCAGUCUAUUGA